AUGGACAAAAUAAUUGAUGCGCGAUUUGAUCGUGUAGAAAAAGCACUUGCCAGCCUCAUAGCUUCAAUUUCCAAGUACAACCCCGUUCCCGCUCUGGCUCAAGAUCUCGUUCUCGCAGAUCAAGAGCUCAACGAUGGUCUAUCUCUUCUAAACCAACAUCAACACAACACCUACAAACUCACUACCCUACACGCAACCUCUGCAGCCCUCGACACCCAGGUUCGCGAGUUUACUUUACUCCUCAAUAGCACGAGGAGUGAACUUCUCAAUACCUCAUCAUCUGAAUACCCCGAGGAUAAGAACCUCGUGGAGUAUGAAGAACUUCUCAGCUACGCGCGAAAAAUCUCUAAAUUCACAGUCCCGCCCGAGGCUCGAUUGUCUAAACUAGAAGAUACAUCGUCAAAGCAAGAUGGCGUUGCGACGAAUGGAAGUACUACCCCUAACGUUACUGUGAUGGGCAAUGGCGCGAAUGGGACUUCUAUGGAUUUGGAUAUUUCCUCCAUCACUCCUUCUAAUGGAACAACUUCGUUGGCUCCAAGUCAAGACCCAGUGUCACAGCAACCUUCUCAGACUCAAACAGCUCUUGAUGCUGAGACAACGCGCCUUCUCAAUACAGGAUUUGAUCUCCGGCCAUUUGUGCCGUGGGCUCGCGAAGAUGAUAUCAAGAUGGGUGCAUUGGCAAGUCUGCAAGUGUUGGUAGAUAGCGGAAUUGAUCCUGAGGGAUGGGAUCCCGAGAUUGAGGAACAGAAGAAGAGGGAGAAGGUCGAAGAGGCAGAAAGGGAAGCUGAGGCAGAAAGAAUGCAAGAAGAGGAGAAGAGAAGGUUGGAAAUGGAGAGGAGGAAUAAUGCCAUGAGUGGUGUUCAAGGCGGCACAGCUGCCGAGAGGCCGAAGGUGUUUCAACUUGAUGAGUUUGAUGAUGAUGAUGACUGA